AGAAAUCUUCCAAUGCAUACCAAUCGACGGGUGCACCAGUCCCGAACGAAUAACGGUCGCGAUUAGACGUGUUGGUUUUUCUCACGCCGAAAAGCUCUCGAAAUUCAGUUGAUCGCGUGUUUGGUCCCGCGAUUAUGGUCUACUUUACCGGCGUUGUUCUAUAAAAUAAAAAAAAUAGUUCGAUUGUUAAAAUAAUUAGCAAUUGGUGAUCUCGUAAUAUGAUGGUGAAUUUUAUUGUUUACCCAAACAAAAAAUCAUUAAAACAAGAAAACCGCAUUGCUUAUGGGGUACUCCUGAAGUGAAAAACAAAACGCUGAAGACGUUGUGACGGAUUACAUUCGGAAUGCGGUGCAAUAAACAAAUGAAUUUGGCAGCCCAUUGUUUGUGGGAACGGCAUUCUUCAGGGAUCAUCAUAGGGGACGCACACGAAGGAAAAAUAAGCAACUGGAUUGAAUCCAUGCAAUAGUGAUAGGCAAAUUUAACAUGAAGAAAGAGCUUCGCUCGUGCACGGAAUGCGGCGAACCUAUAUCAGACAAGUACCUGUUAGACGUGGGCGGUUGUUCCUGGCAUUCGGCUUGUCUCCGGUGUUGCAUUUGCCAUACUCCGCUGGAUCAUCAGCCGUCCUGUUUCCUCAAAGAUCGUCAGAUCUACUGCAAAAGCGAUUACGCAAAAACAUUUGGAGCCAAGUGUGCCCGCUGUAGCCGGAGCAUAGCCGCUUCGGAUUGGGUACGUCGUGCCCGGGAACUGACAUUCCACCUUGCCUGCUUUGCCUGUGAUAGCUGUGGACGGCAGUUGUCCACCGGGGAACAGUUUGCCCUGGUCGAUGAUAAAGUCCUUUGCAAGACGCACUAUUCGGAAAUGAUUGACUGUGGAACUUCCAGUGAUGAUGGCUGUGAGGCGGAUGGUUUCCAGAAGAGCAACAAAACGAAACGGGUGCGCACAACCUUCACUGAAGAACAGCUGCAGAUACUGCAGGCGAACUUCAACAUCGACAGCAAUCCCGAUGGGCAAGAUCUCGAACGGAUAGCGUCGGUGACCGGCCUGAGUAAACGGGUUACUCAGGUGUGGUUUCAAAACUCCCGUGCACGUCAGAAAAAGCACGUUCAAGUUCCUAGGGAUGGCGAAAUGAAUCCCUUUACAAGGCACAUCAAUCUCCAGCUGUCGUACACACUUCAGCAGUCCAGCCUAAUGCACAGUUCGAUUCACAUGGGUACUAUGGCAAAUGCUGGUCACACCGGUAGUAUAAUAAACACCAGUAGCGUCAACAAUAACAUUAUGUCUGCUGCGUUUAACAAUAACAACACAAACUGUUCAUCAAAGUCAUCGCCGUACAGCAGGCAUGAAUCAUCUUUAGACGAAUUAUCUGAGGAUUCUGCAAUCCACUGCAUGCAAAAUGAAAUGUGAGCUUGAAUGUGAGGUAUUGUUUUAAAUCUUGAUUGACCCCCUCCCCGCUGGCACUAUUGUUCGCCUAGGUGCCAAUAUGGUGCUAUUUAGGAGCAGACAGUGAGCCGGGUGAGUAGAAAAAGGCGAAAUAAAGUGCUAAUGGUUACUUAGAUGGUAAUGGCGGACAUCGAGAAUGCUUGUCAGACAAAUAUUUAUGCGUGUUAGGAAAACAACUACAUAUUUAAAUUAUCCUAUUGACAGACAUGUUUAAGUGAUUUGUUUUAAUAAUUACGCAGUUUAGUGUUUAUCUGUAAAAAUAGACUAAUUACUCAACAAGAGGUAUUUAUGUAUAAUUUAAAGUGAAUCAAAUUCGCUUCAAUUUGGCACGGACGAAAUUAUUAUGAAAUAAAUUAUU